AUGGGUGAGUUUUUCCCUCACAAUUCAAAUCUCGAAAACAAAUAAAUUUUUAGCGAAAACUGAAACAGAUGUUAAAGAAACAGAAAAGUUACUUGAAGAAUGUAAAACGAAAAAAGCAAAAGUGGAAGAAAAUCUAAGAAAUAUGACACAAUUAAUAACCCAAUUAAAUGUUGUUAUUUCAUUUCGACUUCAAAAAUUGACUCAAAAUCUCACAAAUAUCAAUAAUCGAACUGAUUCAAUGCAUGUAAAUAAUCAAAAAUUCUUCGAAAAAGUUCGAGAACAAAUGGAUAUAAUUGAUACAAAUCAAAUUGAAUGUAAUCGAAGUUUGGAUGAAAUUCGAAAAAGAUAUGGAAAAGCUAAAAGAACAACAAGAAAAUAUGGAUUAAUUCGAAGUUUGUUUUAUUGGUUUAUUGAUUGGUGGAUGAUAUUUAUGAUUUAUUUGGGAUUGAAAAAGAAACCGGUGAAAAAACGAGCGAAAAGGAAGAAGAAACCGAUUAGUAGUGAUUUAAAAUCAAUAACAACUAAAAGUCAAACUGAUAUUGCGAAUAUUAGUCCGUAUUUUGAUUUGAGUAAAAAAUCAACUAGUAAAUAA